AUGGAUGAGCAAUUACAAGAAGAGCAAAGUCCUCUGUAUCCGGUCAACCUUUCAAAGACUGAUGACGUAUCUUCCAGCUCAUCAGCUGUUGAAGAAGCAGAGAAAACACUGGGAAUUCAGGAUAGUUUACAGAUUGCAGACACUGGAGGUGAAAAAAGCCCUUUGAGCAUAGAAAAUAAACAAUUGACACUGAAUCCCAGUUCAACAGCUCUUGAUGCAAGUGGAAAUGGGGAUGUUGUUGAUGCACAGCUUACACCAGACGUUAAUGGAGAUGGAGGUGGAGAUUGUUGUGCUAAACCAUUCGAAAUGCAGACCAAAGAGGACUGUUUACCUAUGGGAGACUGUAAAGGACAAGUUUCUAAAACUGAUGACACAGAUCGAUCCCUGGUACACCUAUUGCAUGACGAUAUGAAAGGGCCUCACGGGGUCUGCUCAGAAAGCCCUUAUGACACAGACUGUACUAAGAAUCUUAUCUCAACUAUUCAGAACGCUUCUUCUCAGGAAGCUUUGUUAGAAGAAAUAGAGUCUGAACUACUAUCGACGGGUUUGUUGAAAGACCAUAAACUUCCAAAUGGGGUGUGCAAGAGUGAAGCUACGUUGGCUGUACUUGAAAAAUGCAUGCAAGAUAAAUAUCUGCAGCAAGAACACACAAUAAAGAAGUGAGUACUGGGUGAACAUCCGCACAUAGAUCUUUAAACAUGAAUGUUAUCCAUUACGUAUUGUGGAGUUACAGCUUUGUGCUGUGUAACUAUAGCGAUGUCUUUGUGGCUAAAUGGUCAGCUUGGGCAAACAACAUUGCUUGCAGGAGCAUUUUCAGUUUUCAAUAGGCAGAGAGAUUAAUUCAUAUAUAAACUCAUCAGUCCAUAAAGUGACCAUAUGGUUUCCAAAGCGUACGUUAGGUAAGGCAAUCACGUGCCAAAAUUCACAUAACUGUGUGUCAAGUGUUCUGUGGGGUUUUAGAUUUCUGGUUUUUUUUUUAUACUCUCCUUCAGUUGAUGGAUUCAGACAUGGUGUGUUUGAAACUGAGUAGCUUCAAAAACAGUUUGGGGUUCGGUAUGCGGGUCUUCUGUUUAAUGGAUAAGAGUAAAUUCUAAUGCCUUUGAGGACCCAACUAUUGGUUACUGUAUGUUAGUCCAAAAGCCCCUUUCCAUUGCAAAACACUCUACAGAGAGGUACUUUUCAGUGAGGAUGGGGGGACAGAAUGCUAAACCUUUUUCCUGUGAGGUGUUUCCUUAUUCUCACUGCCACAAUUGGAUUCUACAACCAUGUUUGUAGUACAUUUAAAUCGAGAACAUUGAUGGGCAGGAAAAAAACCAACCUGGCAGGAACUAUCUUCUUUCCUUGGUUUUCUUUUAACUGUGUUUCAUUCAGGUUAAACCAAAUUUAUCUCAUUGCAGUUUACCUCUGUCCCCAGCUUGUAUCCAAGGAUCACUUUGCUGCUUGGACAAGGCAGGGUACAUCAGGUACCAAACCCCUCUACCCACUGCAGUUCCUCAUGCCCCCUGAAAAGCAGCUCUGUGGGGUUGGGGGGGGGCCUUCUGGAAUACUAUGGGAUAUUGUGCAGAGGGCUCCAGUAGAUAGGGGUUGUGGCAAAAAUCGGAUGCCCCUGCUUUGCCCAAAUGGUAGUGGGUUCCACUACUGGCAAAGCCACUAUUGAAGACAGCCGCUGGUACUUUAAUAUUAGAGGAAGACUGCAGUCAUUCGUAGUAGCUUAUUUGCUACCUCAUUUGAAUUAUUUUUAGCGAGGGUUUGAAACAGGCCUGCAGUGAUGUAGGGUUAAACACACCAGUUGCUUCUUAGUACAGCAAUUUUUAGAACUUAUCGACUAGGCAUAUGAUAUAGCACAGUUUCUUGCAUGCAGACGUCAUUGAAAUCCAUAGUAUUUGUGCAUGUUUUAAUGUAGUUACCAAAGAAAAGACAAAUAUGGUGACUAAUAUGCAGAUCAGGAGGAUAAUCGGAACUUUUGGCCUUGGACAACAACAUUAUUAUUUUUUUGUCAGAGCUUGGAAGCCUGAGGUGUUCUCCAACAGCCUUUGAGAAGCUGUGUAGGACCCUCCUUCCUUUGAGUCUUCUUCCAGGCUUGAAGCCUUACAUCACAGAGUAACUGAAGCAAGAAGAGAGAACGAAUAAUUAAUUGAAUGUGUUGCUACUGAACAAGGUUAUCUAAUAACAUGAAAUAAUCAGAAGCACAUUAAAGUGCACUAGAACACAUAAUGUCACUAGAAUCUUCUGAUGAAGGAAGAAAUAGAUGCCACAGAAACUUAAAAGGGAGACCAAAAUCAAAUAAAUUAUCUAUCUCUUCUGCUCUUCUGGUCCAUGUCUCUCAUCCCUCUGCAGUGGCCUGACAGCUGGCAGGGCAGAUUUCCAUGUCACACUGACGUAUGUAUGGGCCUCUGUGUAUGAGGAUGUGUAUUUUGUAAUGUGAUAAUGGCCGUGCCAGUCUGUCCAAAUAUAUAUUUUGCUCACUUGCACAUGUAAAAACAUGCUGAUGUCACCAUCCUAACACUUUACCUUAUUUAUAGGAAACUAACUGUGUAUAUGGAAAAUAGUAAGGGCAGUAGGUUUAAUUUUUUUCUUGGCAAAGAAAUAGCAACCCAAUACUCUUUUUAAUCUCUCUCUCUCUCUCUCUCUCUCUCUCUCUUUCUCUUUCUCUUUUAAAGCUGCUUCUGGGGCAAGGUAGAGUAUCCUGCCCCAGUGAGUAAGCUAUACUCUUGCUUGUGAAUUGUUUAUCCGCAAAGACCUUCCCAGAGCAUGUCUGUGAUUACAAAGAGACUUUCCAGCCAUGACAGGAUGGUGUGUGAAAAACUUCCAAACAGCUGUGUUUUUUAAGUUCUUAAAAAUAUUGAUUUUAUACAUAAGCUAUCACUGGAUCUUGCAGUUACAGGAAAUGUCCUCUGCUGUGAGUCUAAACCAGCCAAACUCUGUGAUGUAAUAACUUCCCAAUCUUGCAGGAAACAUGCUUACUGUAUGUUUUAGGUAAAUUUUAUUUGGUCCACUUUGAACUGAGGUAAACUUCCGUUUCCAAAAGAAACAGAAUUUCACUGAGAAUCAAAGGUGGCCCUUGGGCAGUCUAAUUUCAGUAGGCUGGUGCUGGAGUUCAGCAGUCUUUGGUUUUUUUAAACUAUGGCUAAAGAACUAGGAAUAGGCCACAGGAUUUUGUGCUCCCCUCCCAUACAUAGCCUCCUCCUUCUACCACCAAUCUUGAGGUAAACCUGCCCUGUUCCUUGUUGUAAUACAUGCACUGAUGUUUCUUCUUGGGCUGCUUAACCCAUCCUUUUUUACCAAGACAUUUAGUGGCUACUGUGCUAAGGACAAUCCUACACAUGCCUACUUAAGAAAUGAGUUCCGUUGAGUUCAGUGGGGUUACUCCCAGGUAAGUGAGUCUAGGAUUGCAGCAUUUAUGUCUGUGUCCGUACAAUAACAAAUGAUGGUAAAAGGCAGUAAGGUGAGUGGAGAAUGAGAGGAGGUUGUACAGUGGUACCUCGGGUUACGUAUCCCUCUGGAUACAUAAUCUUCGCCUCUUGUGCGUGCGCAGAAGGGUGCCUCAGGUUACGGACUUUUCAGGAUACGGCCAAGCCUCCGGAAUGGAUGCCGUCCGUAACCAGAGGUACCACUGUAAUUCCAAAAUCAUGGCUAAGCAACCGCUACCAUUAGAUCUGUCCCACUAAGAAAACCUUUAUUUCUUUCUUUAGUUCAACAAUGUCUAUACCAUUUAACAACAUAGUUUCUAAGUACACAGUGAGGUUACAAAAGAGGUAGAGAUGAUAAAAAUCAGUUAACAUUACCCAUCAAGUCAGAAAAGCUUAUUUAAAAUGCCUGCUGAAUGUGUUUCUUUUUUAAAGUCCUUCACCAAGAGCCUAACGUGCACCAGGGGAGGGGGCUUGUGAUCUCAGCCAGGAGGGAGUUUCACAAAAAUGGGAACCUUGCCAGAAACUAUUCUGACUAGAUCCUUUGAAGAAUUAUUCCUUAUCAGCCUGCGUGCAUAAAUCACCUACUUCUUGUUGGUUUCCAACGCCCAUCAUCCCUGACAAUUGGCCACGUUGGCCGAGAUGGAUGGGAACCUCAGACCAACAAUAUCUGGAGGCCACAGGUUUCCCACCUCUGACUUAUGUGCUUCUGGGGUACAAAUUGGCUGUGAUUCAGAACUUUUGUGCUGUGAAUUGUGCAGUAGUUUGGAGUUGGCAAUAAUUCAGAACUGUUUCACAUGAACGUUCUGGGCUUCACUUGCCUUUGUUGAACCAGUGCUGAAUUUGUUGUGCCAGUUCAGUAUUAUUUGUGUGAUGUGCUACAGGCAAACCAGCUUUUCUUUUCUCCCUAGGCAGCCUUGGACCUUCUGACCACAUCUUUAAUUUAAUUAUGUUGUUUCAUCCAUGAGACUAUAAAAAAAAACCCUGGCCUGUCGCUGUUUGAGGUCUUGUUGGGAGGUUGCUGUUGGCCAUUUGCAAAUUUUCUAAAGGGCACCUUGAACAGAGUUGAAUAAGUUUGGGCAACUUUUGGCCAGGGUAUUAUUAAAGCUGCCAGGGUUGUAAAUCUUUUGAGAUUUUGAUUUGGCUGUAGUGUUCGAAGGCAUGGAGCCAGCAAAUUAAACACAUGCCUAUUCUUUCUCUUUGUGGCUUUAUUACCUAGACAACAGUGAAGUGCUUUGUAUGCUUUAAAUGUGCAGUUUGAUCUGAAAUACUACUCAGUUUCUUUCUUUUAAUUCAAACUUUCAGACCAAAGUAUCAUAGGAGUCUUUGUGAUUUGUUUUGUUAAACAAAUGAGAUUCUUGUAUUUUGAGGAUUGCUCCUGUGGCUCCAGCUCACUGGAGAUUUUGCGUGUGUGUGUCCAGUUGUGCACACAAAGUGCUCUACUAAUAUAUGAGCAGCACACCUAAGCAUUUUGUGCUUUUAAAAAGAACUAUCCUUCAUUGAAUUUGUCUCUCAGUAACUGUUAGCUAAAUGGAGACAAACAGUGGGAAGUCUGUUACAUUUGUGCCCUGCUUAUAAGCUUCCCAAUAGAGAUCUGGUUGGUCACUACUGAGAACAGGAUGUUGGGUUAAAUAGGUUAGCGGGCCAGUUCAGCAGGGACUCCUCUAAUGUUAUGUUCUUACUGCACUGCAGAGGAUUCAACUAUAUGACCCUCAGUCCCUUCCAACUGCACAAUUCUUUGAUUCUAUGUUUUCCUCUGAAGCAAUGUCGGACUUUAUUUAUGCUUUCUUUAAGCUACAUGGAAGCAGUUUAAAACUACCCCUGGUCAUCAGCUACUGUGACGUUUAAGAGCACCUUGCCAUGUGGCCAUCUCAAGUGGUGUCGUGUGAUAGGUGAUUGUUACAUGGAAAAGCAUCCAAAUCUUUCUUGUAAAAUGUGGAAACAGUUGUAAAAUGGAUGGGGCAGAAGUGGUAGAAGUCUAGUCAAUUUGGGGGGGUGUAAUGGUGAGGGAGGACCUGAGGACCAAGAAGGUGGACUCUGCCUCAGCCUGAGAGCAGGGGCGUUAAGAAGCCCUUGAGAAAAUUUUGGGUCUGUGGCAAUCCAGGGUUUGGCAAUGUAGUUAUCUUUUCGUCAUACACACUGGGCUCUGCUUCAUCGGAUAUUCUUUUAAUUAUUUCAUUGGACAGAUUGAUUAAAGAAAACAAAAAGCACCAAGAACUAAUUUUGGGCAUUUGUUCAGAAAAAGACGACUUAAAAGACGAAUUGAAGAAAAGAACAGAAACUGAAAAACAACACCUUGGCAUUAUUAAACAGGUAUGGAGUUUUAUGCACAUUCAUGCCUUGUUCAAGAUAUUUCACAUAAAACUUGUAUUUCUAUUUGUACUUUCAGAUACUUGGUUCAGUGUUCGUAUUUCUUCAUAUACCUGUUGACUCAGAAGUGUCCCACGGAGUUCAAUGAGUCCUAACUCUAGGCUGUGUAUAGGAAGGUUGCUGCCUGAAUUGCCUUGAACUUAUGUUUGGCAGCAAAUACUUAAUUUUAGAGUGUUUUCAAGGGAAAUAGUAUAUAUUUUAUUUGCACUGAGAUGUACAUGGAAGCCCCUGGGGCAAUAUUUUGAUUCUCUUUUUAAUAGAGCAUCAUAUUGCAUUGUAUGUGACUGUUUAGUUUCCCAUGCUUACCAGAAGUAAAAGUGUGUUAAACUCAGCCUUGUAAACAAGGCUACAAAAUUACUACCCUGCCAGAUGUUUUGUGUUUUUUAACUGCUAGACUCUGGGAGCUGUCAAAAGAGGGACCAUCUCUCUAGCAGCCUGUAGGAUUUCUGUGUUUGGCCUGACUGGGAAGAGGGAUGGAGUGCUUUGUCCCUUAGAUAUCAGAUCACUCCUUAUUGCCUGUGCAUACCAGAUGAAUACUUAAGAUCACAGCUGUGCUGAAAUUAUUGUCAGAACUUGGAACCAUGAUCACUGGAACCAUGAUGGUGAUGGCGAUAUGGUUUGAUUUGCAGUACCAGCACCACAUGAUGCAUAUUGCUGCUUUAGGUUGUCGAGAUCUUUUGUAAACUGCUCCCAAAGUAUAAAUGCAAUGACAUUUUUAAAAACCUCUACUCAAGUUGCAAAUUUUGCAGAUCACUUUUUUGGCUCAUGGCCGAAAUACAUAAUGUUCUCUUUGCAGUUAGAGGCCAGAAUAGAGGAUCUCCAAAAAGAAGUUAAAGCUGCUAAAGAUAAACUGCUAUCCCAAGAUGCUGCUGCGAAAAAUGCCAUACAACAACUGCACAAAGAGAUGGCUUUUCGUACAGAUCAGGUGACUCUUUUUUUAAAAGUUAUUGUUGUGCUUUCUGUAGGAACGUGAAGGAUGAUAUAGGCACCGUAUGCAUUAAAUAUCUUCAAGUAUUUAGUUGAAAGCUAAACAUAUUUUGGCUGGUGCUGAUGACUGUACAGUGGAACCUCGGGUUGCAGACGUAAUUCGUGACGGAGGCACGUCCACAGCAUUCGCAUCCUGAAGUGAACCUUGGGUUGCAGACGUAAUUCGUGACGGAGGCACGUCCACAGCAUUCGCAUCCUGAAGUGCCACGUCUGCGCCGACGCCAGUGCAAUUCGGCACUUCUGUGCAUGUGCAAAACGUGAUUUAGCUCUUCUGCACAUGCGCGAGCGGCGAAACCCGGAAGUAACCCGUUCUGGUAUUUCCAGGUUUCCUGCAGUCCGUAACCCGAAAACACAUAACCUGAAGUGUCUGUAACAUGAGGCAUGACUGUAGAUGGAUGUCAAGUCACUCAUAUAAUCUCUGUUCUGGAAUUUGCAGUUGCUGAAGAUGUGUCCAGAACACAUCCUCUGAGACAAGCUUCGGUUGUUGCAGCCAUAGGUUAUAAUGUUAUAAGGAUAAAAGUUGGGGGUAGAGAGAACCUUGAAGGCAAGGUGAGAUAUAUUACCAUCCCAUGUGUGCAUAGUAAUAAGACACCUCCUGUUAAAACUAAUAUGGUGAGACAGUAUUCAGCAUUCCAUUACUACUGGUGUUCUAUUACAGUGGACACUCGGGUUGUGAAUGUGAUUGGUGCGGGAAGCAUGUUCACAACCCGCAGCGCCAUGUAUGCGCAGGUCGUGAUUUGGCGCUUCGGCGCAAAGCGUGAUUUAGCACCUCUGCGCAUGCGCCAAAACCCGGAAGUAACCUGUUCCAGUACUUCCAGGUUUCCCGUGGUCCGUAACCCGAAAUUGCACAACCCGAAGCAUCUCUAACCCGAGGUAUGACUGUACUGUUAUCCAGACAGACAGAGUAAUUAUGUUUUCACAGUUACCAAUACAGUCAUACCUCUUGUUACGUUUGCUUCAGGUUGCGCAAUUUCAGGUUGCGUCCCGCGGCGACCCGGAAGUACCGGAAAUGGUUACUUCCGGGUUUCGCCGCUCGCGCAGAUACACAAAAUGACAUCACACGCAUGCGCAGAAGUGGCGAAUUGCAACCCUCAGACAUGGGUUGCAUUCUGCUCAUGUUGCGAAUGGGGCUCCAGAACGGAUCCCAUUCGCAAUCAGAGAUACCACUGUACAGCAUAGUGUUGAGGCUGAAAGAGUGACGACUCUUACGCUGUAGGGCGCAAUCUGAAUCCAUUGUACUCAUUUUACAUGGAUAGAAAUGGUGGGGUGGGGGGAGUGGCAGAAUAAGAAAGGGGAUGGUCCUACCCAUUGGUCUUCUACAGAUUACUCCUGGAAAAUGUUCCCCACAACAAAAAGAGAGCUUCUCAUCCCUGCUCUAAAGGUUAUUAAAAUGGCAUAACCCCAUUGCUCUGAAAUGGUCAAGAAAGGGCAAGACACAAAUGUGAUAAGGGUUACAAAAUACUAUUUACUUAUUUAUCUGUAUAUUCUUGUUCCCUGUUGUUUCCCCCUUUUUUCCUCCAUUCCAUUUAUUUAAUUUAUUUUUAGACUGCAAGCUGCUUUGACCAGCAACACAUUUAUUUUAUCUGUUCUGGCUUUGAAAGGUUCGGAUUAAAAGUCAUUAAAAGUCCUAGGCUGAGUCAUAUUUUCAUUUUCUUCUUCCACCUCCUUUUCAACAUUUCAUUGGAAGCUAGGCAUUCUUCAGUCAUGAAUUUAGAUCACAUUGCUUCAGUUGCAGUGAUUUUGUAUUCUUAUUAUCUUGACGAAUGGAGAGGGGAGGCAUAUAUUCACUCUCAUUACCUAAAGUAAACUUGUAGUGUUUGAUAUUCUAAGGCAAACAAGAAAUGUGAAGAAGCCCGCCAAGAAAAAGAAGCCAUGGUAAUGAAAUACGUUCGAGGAGAGAAGGAGUCCCUAGACCUCCGAAAGGAAAAAGAAAUACUUGAAAGAAAAUUGAGAGAUGCAAAUAAAGAAAUUGAAAAGCAAACUAACAAAAUAAAGCAGCUUUCCCAGGAGAAAGGACGUUUGCACCAGCUCUUUGAAACCAAGGUAUAUCCACUUCAUGUUGAGUUUCUUUUGUAUUCCUGCGGCUUACCUUGAAUUCCAGAAAUGGGAUUAAAAUGCUGAAAUGACUUGGCAUCUCUUUCAAGUGAAUGGGAAAUAGAAUAUAUUGAGUCAGAUGAAGUUGAGAGUUCUAGUAGAAAGGGGGCUGAUUUGAAUACAGUGGCAAAAAGCUACACUUCUAUAGACCUUAAUCCCAAAUUUGUAUGGUGCAUGAUCAAAUAAAUAUGUGGCAUCUUCGUUUCUUCUUUUUUUGGUGGUGGUGGGGGAAGAUGAAGGUCUCCUUGCCUAGAAAACCUUUAACUACCUAGAAUUAAGAUACGUUGCAUGUAAAAAUUAAGGUUGCACUUUUGGGUUUCUAGCAUAAAUUUUUAAAUAUAGGCCGUCCCCCCCAAAUAAUUAUUUUCUUAUAUGUUUUUUACUUGCAUAUACUGACUAUUGAGCUUUCCUGAAAGUGAACUCUAAGACAGAGGUGAACUGCUGACCCACACGGCUAAUCUGGUCCACCAGUCCUCUUUUACUAGCCUUUCACAGCCCAUGACUGUUGCUUGCAAUUGACAGCAGCUGGUUUAACCCUCUCUCUGUCUAGCCCAGUGCUGCAAUGGGGCUGGAAAAUCUCAUGCACUGCACUUCUCUGCUGAUCUGCCUCCAUUACUCAAUAAUUUUUCCAGGAAAAAUAGUCCCAUUAGAGUUCAGGACUGGACAAGUGGGCCCUGGAAGGUUGGGGGGGGGGGAUUUUGCACUGCUUUGUCGCUUCAGAGAAUGAUUUCAAUACUUCAAUAUAUGAAGAUUUUGCUGCCCCCACAUGGUGAUAUUGAUAUUUUCCUCGACACUGGAUUUCCUGGAAACUGUGUAAUCAUGUCUAAGGCAUUUUUGUACAUUAAGUUUAAAAUGCUUCUGUCUUAUUAUAAAGCAGUUGAAGAAUGCAAAACCUACAUUCAGCAGAUUUUUUCCAGUACAGAUAUUGUGUUGCUUUUUCUUUCUCUGUUCUGCUACAUUACGUGUAUUUACAAUGCCAAAUGAGGAAACAAAUGACCUCUAAAGCUAGAUGCUAUUAAGGAAGAGAAGGAAGAAGGAUGAGGGGAAAGACAAGGAAGGUAGGAGGAGGAAAAGAUGAAGUGAGAAGUUGGGGCAGGGCAAACACAGGAUUUGAAGAGCUCUCAGGAAUUCAGAUGUGAUACCUUAUUAUAUAUAUUUGUUGCCAUAAUAUAUGACACGAAGCAUUGCAUUAUCAAUAGUCACAUUAGAUUGCAAAACAGAAGUUCAAAGACUUUUCCAGAGAUGAGACCUUUUCAGCGUGACUGUCAUAGUUCAGUGACAGGCAAGCAGAAUUCCCUGAAGACAAGAAGACUACAAAUACAUUUUGUUCCACUUCAGUGAAAUCAUUGUGUGCAUGCUUAACUCCCCACUGCUUGCAGAAAGGUCGCUUGUAUUUCUGCCGCUCUGGGCCUAUCCAUUUAAAAGGCUUCAUUUCAAACCUAAUAAUCUAAAAUUAUUCUUUUCAAGGAAGCUGAAGCCACCAGAAUGUCAAGAGAAAUAGAGAAAUUAAAAGAAGAAAUGAACUCUCAUGUGAUCAAAGUAAAAUGGGCCCAAAACAAAUUGAAGGCUGAAAUGGAUUUACACAAGGUAGGUGUGCUAAUGUUAUAGAGGGACAUUUUCACUGCAGCUCCUAUGUCUUUUUGUAAAGCAUGUGGUGCAAGGUUUGAUUGGUUGUUGCUGUGAAUGUAGGACAAGUUGAUUAACACAAUGGGAGCGUAACUGGAAUGAGAGUGGUUUUUUUUUAAUGGUGUUAUUCAGUGUCUGCAUGUAAUCGGAGCAAUGAAAGUUGGAAAAUGGGUAAAAGGUUGAGAACUGGCAUGAAAUGAAAACCUAUAAACUUAGCAGUGUAGUUCUGCUGUAAUUCUGCGCAGGAGACCUUCUCUUCUGGAUCAGACGACUUACCGGUGAUAGAGUUUUGGGUUGCACUAAACACUUCACUAGGGACGCGGGUGGCGCUGUGGUCUAAACCACAGAGCCUAGGACUUGCUGAUUAGAAGGUUGGCAGUUCGAAUCCCUACGGCGGGGUGAGCUCCUGUUGUUCUGUCCCAGCUCCUGCCAACCUAGCAGUUCAAAAGUACGUCAAAGUGCAAGUAGAUAAAUAGGUACCGCUCUGGUGGGAAGGUAAAUGGCAUUUCCGUACGCUGCUCUGGUUUCACCAUGCUGGCCACAUGACCCGGAAAAACUGUCUGCGGACAAACAUCAGCUCCCUUGGCCACGAAAGCAAGAUGAGUGCCGCAACCCCAGAGUCGUUCGUGACUAGACUUAACUGUCAGGGGUCCUUUACCUUUACCUUUUUAAACACUUCACUUGGUGGGGAUGGACAAGUAGGCAUUUCUUAGUUUUGAGAGGCUAAAAAACGUUUCAAAUUCAUAGUGACCCAAUAGUCAAGAAUUUAACACAUCGAACAGUUUCACACAGACUGCUCUUGGAUAAUAAUGGGCUCUUCAGCCAGUGUCUGCCGGUUAAUAAAUAUAAUGUUCAACAACCAUAUCUUAGGUAUGGGGUGGUAGUGUUGUGAUGUUCAGAUAAGCCCUUGGUUGCUUAAGGAAAGCAGUGAAGGCUGCCACCCCAUCCUGUCCACGUUUGUUCAGACACUGGUCCUUCUGACGUCACUGAAGCUUACUCUCAAAAUAGGUAUAAAUGAGAUUACAAUCUAAGCCUUUAUGUUCCUUCGCUUCCAAAGAAUUUAGCUUUAUUUAUUUUUCUAUUGGAUUUUUAAUUUCGUCCACUGCUGCUGGCAUUAAGCAGGAAUUUUGUCAUUUCCAUGCAGUCCUGAACUUACUGUCGUUUUACAUACAGUGGUACCUCGAGUUAAGUACUUAAUUCGUUCCAGAGGUCCGUUCUUAACCUGAAACUGUUCUUAACCUGAAGCACCACUUUAGCUAAUGGGGCCUCCUGCUGCUGUUGUGCCGCCAGAGCACGAUUUCUGUUCUCAUCCUGAAGCAAAGUUCUUAACCUGAGGUACUAUUUCUGGGUUAGCGGAGUCUGUAACCUGAAGCGUAUGUAACCCGAGGUACCACUGUACUCAUUUAAUGGUAGAUAACCAUUGUUUAUCGGUUUUCCAGGACACCAAAGAUCGGCUUAAAGAGGCAACAGCAAAAGUCACUCAAGCGAAAGAGGAAGCUGAGCAAAUACGAAAGAACUGCCAAGAAAUCAUAAAAACAUAUCAAGUGGGUAUAAUGUUGCAUGAAGCAAAAUUAAGUUUGAUGUAUUAUAGUAUUUUAAUAUUCUUUUGGAAGCCGCCCAGAGUGGCCGGGGAAGCCCAGCCAGAUGGGCGGGGUAUAAAUAAUAAAUUAUUAUUAUUAUUAUUAAGAUGUUGAACUUGCAUAUAGCUUUUCUUUUCUUGCAUGUCCCACACUCGCCUCUAGCCCUAUAGCUGAAAUGAUACAAUUCUUUCCCAAAACCUAUCUGAUCUAAUGUCAUUUCUAAAUUAAUUAAUUGUCCUGGCACAGGCAAAUCCAGAUACAUCGCUUGCUAUUUCAUCUUACUCUAGCCAUGUGUUCUGAUCUUCUGCACUAUCGCAUCCAAUAGAAAGAUCUUUCUGUUCUGCUGAGUGUGCAUAAUAUUAUUUUUUAGCCACCAUACAACCCAGAGGUACUGACCUAAGGUGUUGUGAACACAUGUGUGUGGUAAGGGACCAAGGAUACUAACUAAAUUAUGCCCAAGACUCAUUAAGUGGCAUGCCAUAGCUACCACCCAGCUUUUCUCAGGGCUGAGUUUCCUCCUCUCAGGUGAGAAAUCUUCAGUCCCAGUCUAAUGGAGGGCACUGGUUCUAAUCUUUCUAUAUGACAGAACAUAUGCUACAUCUAGAAAUAGUAUAACCUUUUUGCUUUCACAUCCAGAGAGUGCAGGUUUAAAUAUCACACACUUAGAUUUCAAAAACACAAGUCCUGAUCAGGUGAUCUCAUAACUCUCCUGCCUUCAAUAAGCAUGCCCUUGCUUAUUCUUGGGAGACUGAGGGGUGACAUUACACAAAGAAAGAGAGUCUGUUGAGUGGCAAUAACAUCUGAUGUCAUUCCUCUGCUUCCUUAUUUAUCCUUGGGGAUAUUGAUUGCAGGAGAGAGCCAUUCUGUAUCUUGACCACGCAUAUGCUUUCCCAGUGUAAUAUCUGAAUGGGGGAGCAUAUGCAUGUCCCUCGUGGCAAAUUGCACAUAGUCCACACACAUCUGGUAUCUUAUGUUUGUUGUUUCAGAGUGAUUGUCUCUCCCUUUUGCAUGUUACCCACAGUGCUAAAAGCAGUGAUCUGUUUCCAAGCUUGACUUAGAAGAAAAUAAGCUCAUAGUGUUUGGACUGUAAGUCUGGGAUAGAUGAUUGUAACAUAACUUGUACAAUAAAUAAGGUCUUUUCAGUUUAUGAAUUGGCAUGUGAAGAUUUAAUAGUGCUCAUUCCCUCUCCUUAGGAGUCUGAAGAAAUUAAAUCAAAUGAGUUGGAUGUAAAACUCCGACUUACAAAAGGAGAGCUGGAAAAGCACUUGCAGGAGAAGUCUGACCAUCUAGAGGUAAAAUAUAUUACUCACUUCAGUGGUUGCAUUUUAAUGAGGGUUAAGGCUCAUACUGGGGGGGAAAGAGUAUAGUGGUGGGUCCAAAUUUUAUUUUUAUUUUUUUUAAUAAUUUUUUAAUUGGUUUUUCACAUUUUAUAAAGACAUAACACACACGUAAAAGACAAAGACAAAAAACAUGUAUAAUUUCAAAAAUCUUACUUUCUUAACUUUGGUCCUUGACUUCCCCCCACCCCCCCUUCAUACAUCCCAAUUCCCAUAAUUAUGUCAGCAAGUUAUUAUUUUACCUCCUUACCCUGUUAAUAUUACAUCUUUUGUAGAAGAUUAAAUUCUAUCCUAAGUUGGGCUCAGAUUCCCUUCCAUCGAUUUCCCAUUUUUAUUAAGCAUCAAUCAUAUUGACUAGACCCAAAAAUCGUAAGUGUUUUUAAAAUUCUAUUUUCCCCCUCCCAUCCCCGGUUCGUCCCUUCCCAAGUACAUUUCUACAAUAACAGUUCUUAGCCUGGAUUUCUCACAUCCGAGGCCUUCAAGUCUCUUUCAGUCCCUCUCCGCCGGUUUUGUUGGUAGUCCUUUAUGUUGGUCUUCGGAUCUCGAAGGAGUUCUGUCCCAGUCAAGCCAGAUUUUCUUCCCACAAGAAAACUUAGAGACAACUGCUGCAAAAGUUCCACCAGUCCUUCAUAUUCAGAAUGGAGGCCCCCAUCAUAUUUCUUCUUUCUUUUAAGUUCUUGAAUUCCAAGUACUCCAGGGGCCUCCUCCUUCAUCUUUCGCAUCUUUUGCAGAUUUGUAAUCCAUGUAAUCCAAGGGUCUUCUUGUUUAUAAUCCACAUGUGUAGGCUUCUGGUUGGUACUUUCCAUCUGUGCUUUCUCCUUUCCUUGUUUAGUCUCCUUCAAUUCUUGAGAUAUCUGUUCCGGUUCAGCUGCAGCUUUUUUCUCAUUCAGAUCCUCAAUACAUUCAGCAGAGCUGCUUAUUCCAGAAGUCAAGGUCGUAAGUUGUUUAUUCAUAGCCAGACUCUGCUCUUGUAAAGUUCCCACAAAGUAACACAUUCUUUCUAUUUCAGCUAGUAAAUUUCCAUCCGCAGCCAUUGUAAUGUCUCAGAAUUCCCCCUAGAGGGAAUCUGGUUACUUAGUAAUCUUUUCCCAACAGUCCUUUGCCUCGUUCUUUGUUUCUUUGUUUCGAACCACUUUAAUUCAAUUGUAUCACAUUUAGUCCAGGAGAUCUUAAAUAACACGCUUUUUACUUUAAAUUGCCCGUUUGACAGCUUUAACAGCUGUCAAACUCCUUUCCUCUUCAACAGGCUCAAAGGCAGGACGCUCCCGGGCCCGGAAGGGGGGGGUUACACACCACAAGAGAAAAACUUCUAAAAUUCCACUCUUACACUCCAGCUCAAAACUUCUUUUAUCAAAUCGUGAAAGUUAAUGUCUUUUUAACUCACCCCAAAGGGGUAGACUCUCCAACUUAGUUCUCCUGCUAUUGCUUUAAAUCGUCUGCAGAAGGGGGGGGUGCGGACUUCCCUUUAACACAUCCCCCGGUCGUAUCAAAUUCACAGAUAGAUAUUUUAAAGUCCGAAUUCCAAUCUACUCACGGGUUGCUUCUUUUCGAGUUCCGAAUUUAAGGAAAAAAGUCAGUGCUCUUCAGCCAUGGCACACGGCUCCGCUCCGCUGGGGUAGCGGUCUACUCCCAGCACCACGCCGCUUCCGUACCCUCUCCGUAGCCUUUAAAAAGGCUCUUCGUGGGUCGGGGGCGCUUAAGGUGCCCACCGAGUCACCAGGUCCGCAGGCAUCCGCGCCUGCGGUUUUUGAGGGUCUCCGCGUCGCCGUCGCGGCAAGACCCGUCCCCAGCGGAGCCGAUUCCCUCCGGAGCUCGGAGAGAAUCCGCCAUUAGCUGUUCGCACCAACCCGGAAGUCCGGUGGGUCCAAAUUUUAAUUGCUGUCUAGAUUGAAGUGGACAGGACUGGAUUCUAUUUUCCUCCAUGUUGUAUGUAGAAUUGUCAUUUUUCUCUUUCAAAGGUACAUCAUGCCAAAAUAAAAGAACUUGAAGAUGUGAAGCGAACUUUUAAAGAGGGUAUGGAUGAGCUACGAACUCUAAGGACAAAGGUGAGAGAGAAGAAUUCCUUGUAGCCAAAAGAAUGAAAGCAAAGGGAAGGAAAACUAACUGUAUUAUUUACCUGGAUAGUUUGACCAGAUAGAUCAGUGCAAAUUUGACUUCCAGGGACCUGAUGGUUCUGUAUGAUAUAUAAUGGCAUUGUACUAGCAGUAAGUCCAAGAACUAAAAUGAUGUGGUACAACCACUUCAUCUCUUGUUUCCUGCAUUGCUUGUUAGUGGUUGAAAAGAGGUCUUUCAAGUGCCCUUCUAAAGUAAGAAGUAUUGAACUUGGCAACAAGUUCAGAGGAUUUGGGCCAAACAUAGUCUCUCAAAAAAAAUAUUGCAGCAGGCAUUUCUCUGGUGCCACCAUCCUUUUCCUGACCUUGAAGUUUUCCUUCUGGAGUUGACAUGGCAGCUGUGAGAAGAUUUAAUUUCCCCAAGCAAAUGAAAGAGUUCCUGAAUGGAUAAGAGAGUUGCUUCAGGGCCAUGCUCAGCUCUUUCGACUUUGAAUUCAAGUACUGCCACUGAAAUGGCUCCAGUACUACCACAAAAUUUAUUUUUUGUGCAACAGGCAGAUAGGGCCAGGAGGGAGAAGGGAAGUGGAGAUAGGUAUCAUAUUUGGAGUCUCAUUUGAUUAAUUCCAUAAGGAUAUAUGAUGUGCAUUAUUUGCUGAUUUAUAUCGUGAUAAAAUGUAAAAACUUUAGUUUUCAAUUGUUGUUCUGAAAAAUGUAAUAAAUGGCAUCAUCUGUCAGUAGAGCCUUCAAACUCCCCUAAAAUCAGGUAGGAAACCUGUCUGUUGCUAAUUUUCAUUAGAGAGCCACCAAUUCACAAGAUGUUAAAAUGUAAUACAUUUGCAUUUCACUAUAUCUCCUAAGCUUUUAGGAUGCAGAGCUAUAUCUGUGGUUUUUCCCCUCUCUCUGCAAAAGUUUAGGAGGGGGGAAAACUUACUGCUUUAUAUUAAAAGCUGGUUACGAUUCUGGUGAGUUCAGGCAGAUGGUGGUUCUUUUGUCUUUCCUUGCCAUACUUUCCACACACUUUGUUAAAACGGCCUAUCCAAUUACGGUAACUGUAACUAAGAAUGCCUGGAGAUCAGGUGGCUUUUUCUCUUAACUUUAAAACCCCAAACCCUGAAAAUGACAGGUAAUUAUACUUUUGUCAGAGCACUUUCCCAAACAGAUCAUGUCCCUUCUUGUAAACAGAUAGGUAGGGAAAGAAUUCUUUAAAUGAAAAAGUCGAUGACAAAAGCAGGAUUAAGAUGGGGGAGAAAUAGGUUAAGUUUCAGGUACCUUGUGUCUGUGCAAGUUAAAUGAAAGCUUAAUGUUUAUACAACACAGUUUCUAUAUAUAUAUAUAUAUAUAACAAGGGGAUGUACACAAUAAAUACAAAAUGCUACAAUAUCAUCAAUAAAGUUUGGCUGGUAAAAAGAAAUCACAUUUGAAAGACCUCUGCACCUAAAAGAAGGCACCAGGUAUGUUGGUGGCAAGGUGUACCACCAGACAAGGCCUGCCAUGAUGAUGGCUUGGUCCCUUGUCAAGGGGCAUGGGGCACUACUGAAGUGUCCCAUCAGAACAACUCAGUGAGUGAUGUGGCACAUAAGGAAUCAGGUGGUCCUUAAGCCUGGUAGCAGAUUGGCAACUGGUACAGCUCUCUCAGCAAAGCAGUAAAAUGUUGCCAGUAAUCUGCUCCUGUGAGUACUGUAGCCUGGUCUUUGCAUUCUCAGAUACAAAGGGAAGCACUGGGUAAAGUGUUUGUGAUUCAAAAAACUAAGAAAAUCUACCAGAAAGAAUGAAAUGUGCCAUUUACUUUAACAAGUUCUGUUGUUUUUAGGUAAAGUGUCUAGAGGAUGAACGAUUGAGAACAGAAGAUGAAUUAUCAAAAUACAGAGAAAUUAUUAAUCGCCAGAAGGCUGAGAUUCAGAAUCUGCUGGACAAAGUGAAAACCAUAGAUCAGCUCCAGGAGCACCACCAGAGGUAAGAUAGUUACAUUUUGGUUUUAUAGAUAUAUAUUUUAAAAAUAUAUAUAUUUAAAGUAUAUAUAUUAUACUUAGAGAGUACUGUUCUUUUAACAAAUAAUUGAUGCUGCCACCCAACUUGGGUACAAUUCAAGCAAAGUUUUGUGUGGUAUAAACCUUACUGAAUGAUUUAACCUUGGACAUGGCAUAUAAUAUUUUGUUGCUGUUUGACAUUUCUAGAGUUAGCACCAACUUCAGUCCAACUUAAUAUUUAUUACCCUGGAAAUGACUAUGUCAGGGGAAGAAAGUUUUUAAAAAGUAGUAAUUUGCUUUGAUUAUUCAAAACUACAUGUUUAUGUAUAAUGUUGUGUUAAAAGCAUAGGAUUUUAAGCUAUUUUAAGAAAACUAUUGGACCCUUAUCCAGAUUCAUAGUGACUGAGUGAAAAUACAAAAGUCUUCACCUGGUGAUGUCUGUGGACUCUGGCUAGUCCAUGUUCUUAAAAUGAAUAAAAUAGUUCAGUUUUUUUUUUUUAAAGUCAUUUACUUACUAUCAAUGGAUCUCAAAACUGUUAAACAUCAAAAAAUCAUAGUACAGUAUACAAUAAACACAAGCUCCACAUUUUUUUAAAAGCGUCUAGAUAUGCAGCAAAGCACAAUAUUGAUGUAUGUAACAAUCAUAUCAGUAUAGAAUUAAAAAAACAAAACAGAAAUAACUGCAUAAAUUUUUUAACCCUAAAUCUCAAAAAUGUGCUAGUCACACAACUGCUCUCAUAAUCUCUCACUUUCAUCAAUCACGUCCACAUCCAGCUUAAUGAGGUUUAUUUUUUUAAGCACACAUCAUUUAAUCAAUCCCUUACACUGAACAGCCAGUAAUAAUCCAGUACAUCAAUUUUUAAUAAUCAAAGUAACAGCCAGCAACCAAUAGUAAUCAAACUCUCCACAUUUCAACUACUUCAAUAAACCUAGUUCACCCAUACUGAACUAACAGGUACACCUUCCUGCCUCUCACCUGGGUGAGUGGGCAGUUCGAAACCAGGGCAGGAGGCUCUCACCCUGGAAGGGGCAGUAAGAAGUAUAAAACUUUUGGAUAACUCCAAACAAUAAUAUUAUGACAGAUAUGGUGCUCCAACAACCCUACCACAUAACUAAGCCACAUUACAAUGCUGGCAACAAAUGUUACACUCUUGAUAAAUAAUGAACACAAUGCUAGUGAAAACGUGACACAAUAUUGGGGUGGUUGUACCCACACCCUCAUGGCAGCCUGAAAGGUUAACCAGGUUUAUCAGUCCUCUGAUAAAACCUUGAAACAUCCUUUGUUCAGGUUUUUUGCGGGGACCUUUGGCCCACCCCAUGUGGCUGAACUACAACUCUCAUCAGCCCCAGCAAGUAUGGGCAAUGGUGAGGGAUGAUGGGAGUUGUAGUUCAGCAUCAUCCGGAGGGCUCAAGGUUUCCCACACCUGCCCUAUACAUAUUAUCGUUUUUAGUUGCAACAAGGCGUUACUGUUACAAAACAAAUUUUAACAACAAAAUUUAAAAUGAUUUAUUUUCUGAAAUGCCCUCCCCCAAUCAUUGUGGCAUGCUGGCUAGAGUAGUGGGGCUUAGGUAUGGUAAACCCAGAAACCCAAAUACUAUGCAGGUCAUUAUCUUGGUCUAAAUCUUUGCAGACUACUUGUGACAAUAAAAAUGUGGUAACUGCAAAUCUGAUUUAAAAUAAAUUAUCCUAUAGUUAAUAGUUUAAAACAUCCUUCUCCUUGUUACGCCUCACUUGAUCACCGUGAAUUUGUAGCUCCAGGUCCAUCACAUUGUCUCCACUUUCUCAAGAACUUCCCCACCUCUUUCUCUCCGUUUUGAGUCUCUUUCUGUUUGGCUUGUUAUUAACUGUUUGCAUGGGCGUAUUAAAAUUUCCCCUAUUAAAAAAAAUAAAAGCGUCCAUUUCUCUGCAUUUUUCUUCAAUAAUUAAUCUGCAUCCCUUCAUCCUCUUCAUCUCCUUGAGAAGUGCCUUGCUUUCAUACCAUGCAGUCUUUUACUUUGACCUGGGUCCCAGUCACAAUUUUUUGUCUCCCUUAAAAGAACAGUCAAUUAAAAUAACAGACUGUGUAAUUGCUCCUUGUUUAACAUCAGCAAGACUCCAUUUAAUUACAGUGGAUUUACUUCUAGAAUUCAGACUUGGAAAUUACAGAACAAACUAACUUAUGGGCGACCGGAACAAAAACAUCUGUGCACAAUCAUGUUUCCAUAUGGUGCUGGUGAACUAGGGCCUUGAGUAUAUUUUCAGCUUUCCUGGUGUUAAAUGUGUUGCAUACUGAAUAUAGGAGAGCAUCAUAUAAAUAGAGAACCACCCACACAGCCCAGGGCACUUGUAAGCAAUAAUUAUCUGAGAUGUAGCAAUGUUUCAACAACUCUCAACCUCCCUUAGGAUUUGCAGAACUGAGUAUUUGCAUUUCUUCCAAUUAACAUGGCAACAUUGGCUUUUUCUUGGAAAUGUGCAAUCACAGUGCCUGCAAUUUGCAACUUAUGAGUAACAUCUUAAUGAUCAAAGUGAAUCCCAAAAUGAAACAUUCCUUCAUUUUGAAGUUAAAAGCUUUAACUAUAAGCCAUCGUGACUGUGAGCUACAGCACUGGUUUCUAGCAUUUAUUUCACUUUGCAAUAAUGAUUUGCUCAAGUAAACAGUCAAUGUCCAAAAAUAUGUAUCUUGUAUAGCAGAGCAGGCCUAGGCAACACCAGGACCAAAGCAGCCAUGAGCACAAUAGCUUUAACUGCAAAGUGUAUAUGAAUUGUGCGGACUGCCAACUAGGAAACUGAUAGUUGCCUGUCUAGUUUGAACUCCUCUUCUCACAUCUCAAAAUGAUGUCCACUCUUGAUUUCAGAGAUGAACAAGAGAUUAACUCCUUGAAGGAAGAAGUGGGCAGUCUCAACUCUCUGCUUACUGACUUCCAGAAGGACAUUGAUGGCAGCCGGAAAAGAGAAUCGGAGCUAUUGGUCUUCACUGAAAAGCUGAGUACUAAGAACGCCCAACUGCAGUCGGAAACCAACUCCCUACAAAUGCAAGUAGAUAAGAUCACCUACAGCGAGAGUCAGUCUCAGAAUCAGCUGGAACUAGUGAAGCAAGCAAGAGAUGAACUGGUAAAUCAGAAUUUCAAUUAAUUUGUUAAGGCUUAUGUAAUUAAUGUUUUUAAUUAAACCCUAAGCCCUGGAAUAAGCCUGGAUGUAUUCCUGCUGCUUCUGCUGUUGCUCAAUAAAUGGCAUAAUUAAAAUAGAGAUGCUACAGUUGGGCCAAAGCACGAUGAAAUAAUUCCUGCCUACCUCAAGAAAACCUUGAAAAUGUCAUCAGCCCCUGCCUUUGAGCCAGUCAUCCACUCGGCACAAAGGCAGAUGCAUUUUACUAUAUUUAUAGUGAAUAGGAGAAACCCUGCUUCCGUGUGCCACUGCUGAAGCCAAAUUUGGCAGAUUUCUUCUUGGGGAGGGGGGUGCUAUUUGAAUAAACAUGGGGCAGUCUGAAUAGGGGAAAAAACACAGCCAGACACAUGCAUAACGCUCAUUAUAACUGUAUUAUUAACCAGCUUGACUUAGGUAGUGGCUGGGGAUGACGGGUAAGAAGCAUUGCACCACAAAUGGUUUAACAACUGAAGGCUGUGCCUCCCGCUGUAAAUCAAAAUAGUAUGGAUCUCACUUUAAGGAAGUGGUGGCUGGUUCUCCAGCCUGGUUACUGGGAGUUCUGAAAGUCUUGUAUGCCUUGUGCAGUCCUCUGAUGCUUCCUUGAGCUGUGCAUCUUGUUGGCCACCUAAUGUAGAUUGCAAGUUUUCUGGCAGGUUGGCUUCUAUGCAACGUCCAAGCCAAUUUGAAGCAUUAAAUAAAUUCUUUGCAGUAUGUGAAAUGAAUAUAUACAAGCUUAAGUUUCAGAUUUUGGAAACUGAAAUCACGUAUAGCAUAACAUGGGCAGCAAAGCUCCAAAUUCUCCAUAACUGUGGGAGGAAAUAUGGCCUGUGGAAGUAUGAAUGCUUGUACAUGGGGACACAUGGGGACAACUAAUCUGAUCUUCCCGUUCCUCACAACAGAUUCUUAUAUUCCAUGACAACCGUAUUCUUCAAAGCCCCCAGGAACAAUAUAGUGGAUUGGAAUAUAAGCAGUUGGUAUAUUGGGUCUUUCUUUUUAUUUUUUGCAAUGUGUUUUAAAAUUGUAUGAAAUACUCAGUGGACAAUGGGGAAAGCAAAUGAUAACACAUCAUAAUUUGGACUGUAUAAAUAUGUGUUUCAUUUUAUAAAUUCAGGCAAGUAAAUUGCAGAAAGAAGAGGAACUUCACAGAAACAAUGUUCAAGCGUUGCAGGCUGAAUUAGCAUCUCAACAGAAAGCAUCAGCAGACCUCAACACUAAAGCAGAUGAACUAAAAGAUGAGUUGGUUACUCAGAAGCGAAAGCAUGCUGCAAAUCUGAAAGACCUCACCAAGCAACUUCAGCAAGGUUAAUAUUUCUCAGACCUUGGUUUGUAUGGCUUUCCCCCACAAACAUUAGCACUGCAUCAAAUAAUUUAUGGUUUGUUCCCUUAGCACGAAGAAAAUUAGAUCAGCUUGAAAACGGCAACUACGAUAAAGAUGUCAGCAGUAUGGGGAGUCGUUCUAGCUCAUCAGGUAGGUCGUAUGAUUAGUCUCAUCAAUUAUUUCUUUUUAAAAAACUGUACCAAAAUCAUGCCAAUAAAACAUAUUGUAGUUCUCAAAGUAUAUUUUCACCAACAUGAUUUCCCCCAACCACGCCAGUUACUAACAGUUAUCCCCCACCAGAUUAUAAUAUACCUGAACCCACAUCUGUUGAGAUUUCUUAUCCAACCAGUUCUAUAUUAUUUAUAGUAAAUAGUAAUUAAUGGUAACUUUUAUUUCUUCAGUGAAAAAAAGCACGUUGACUUAUACAGGGAAUGGAUUACAAUAACUGCACUGCAGUAGUUGCUGACAGUCAUACUUUAUUACAGAAAUAAUUUAUCUAGAACAGGUCUUGUGUUUUCACUUUAUCAGGCAAUUGGAAAAAGAAAACUCAUUGGGCAACUUUAACUGCUCAAAUGUCUGCUGUAAUGUUCCAACCAUUAAUUUUCUCUGAGAGUUCUGAAUCUUGAAUACAAUUACAGUUGUGUGAGGCUACCAUGAAAUAAUGGAAUAGUUCUUGGAGAGUUUAACCUUAGUAUUUAUAGCUUGCUGAUUUUUUAUAUCUUCCUGACUAUGUGUUCGAUGGCAAAUACAAAUCAGUUACCUUUUUAGUAUUGCUUCCUUGGAAGCUGGCAGUGCACAAAUGAAAAAUCAAUUCAUGUUUUACAACAGUGAGUCUGCUGCUUUAAAAUUCAUUGCUUCUCUAGUACUUUGAACAUGGAGUAGAAUUAUCUGUCCGUGUAGAGGCCUGCCAUCAUCUUACAAGGUCUGUAAGUGGCAUCAAAGGCUCUGCACAAAUCUAAAUGUUUUGUUUUUUCAACCUCCAUCAUAUUUCCAUUUUAGUAGUCAAAAAGCUGAGGCACUCUUGAAUUUGACCAGAUUCUAAACUGGAACAACACUUUACAUGGUAAAGCUUUGGCACAAUUCUGAAUAUGUUUGUUUAACAAUCAGGGUGGUAGUCACUUGUAAUAGGAUCUUCAUUUACAGUGGGCCACAACUGUGGAUCUCAAAAGCUUCUGCAAUUGGGUAGCCUCCUUUAAGUGUCCUUGGCAGAACCCAUCCCCCUGUGAUUUUUAAUAGUUAUUAUAAAUUUGGGUUGCUUUGCUGAGGUCUGUCUGAGUUCUAUAGCUUGUCUGUACUAGUCUUGAUUAUUUUAAUUUAUUAGAUUUAUAUACCACCUCUCAUCAGAAGAUCUCAAGGCAAUUCACAAUCUCAGGGCAGUUUAGGUUUUAGUACUAUUAUGAAAUGUGUAUUUUAGAUUUUCAUACUGCAUUUUAUAUGUUAGCCAUUUUGUGGAAUAUUAUGUCAAAAUGCAGAUUAAAAUCUUUUAUAAUCCAUAACUUUUCUUUAUUUGACUGAGAGCCAUGCAUUGCAAUUAAGAUGUCAUUGGUUUUGACAGGAUCGCUUAAUGCUCGAAGCAGUAAUGAAGAUCGCUCGCCAGAAAACAGUGGCUCUUCAGUAGCUGUGGAUCAUUUCCCUGAAGUGGACAAGACCAUCUUGAUUGAGAGAAUAGUAAGGUUACAGAAAGCCCAUGCUCGGAAAAAUGAGAAGAUGGAGUUCAUGGAGGAUCAUAUCAAACAGCUGGUUGAAGAAAUCAGGAAAAAAACCAAGUAUGUGCAACAUCUGGUCCAUUUGGUAAUCAGUUUGAAAAAAUACAAUUCAAGGCACUGUGUUUAAAGUUAACACUGGUACUCUGUAUGGUAGCUGGAUAACUUCAUCGGGAAUGAAAAUGGUGCCAGACACCUCAAUAUAGCCCCCAUGUAUUUCCAUGUUUUUCAGGGUGAGGGUGGAGGGCCCGCUUCUGCAAUGAAAGUUUCCUCCAUUUCUUAUAUAUAGGCACUAAUUUGGUAAACGAAAUAUCUUAAUAGUAAACAGAACUUACCGUUGAAUUAAACUAAAAUAGCAAUGUUAAUUAAACUGUAGUGAUUCAAAGCUAAUUAUGUGUGUUGACGUAUGUAAAGUAGUCUGUGCUGUUUUUUAAAAAAAUCCGAUUUGAACGUGAAUUCUGAAAGUGCUUCCAUAGCAAUUUGCUGUUCUCUUUAAUUACUACCUUUCAUGCAAAUUGAAUCUUAGCAAAUUACCGACUGGGAAGCAUUAAGCCGAAAGUUUCCUUCACUAUUCUUACGCUGGCAGAUGUUAGACACUAAGCUCUUCACCUUUGCGAAAGAAAAAAAACGCACACGGCACAGUUAAUUUGCACGAGCUGUUUCAGUUUGAAGCUGCUAAGUAGUUGUGUAGCACACAUCUCCCCAGCAAAGUGUACUGUACACCUACUUUCAGAAUACAGUACAUGAUUGCUAAAGACAUAAGCUGGAAUCUAUUUGCACUUGGUGACACUUGGUGUCAUGAAGUCAAAUUUUUUUUGUGAGUUCCUCACUUUCUUUUUCACAAUGAGAACAAUACAGUGGUACCUCGGGUUACAUACUCUUCAGGUUACAGACUCCGCUAACCCAGAAAUAGUGCUUCAGGUUAAGAACUUUGCUUCAGGAUGAGAACAGAAAUCGUGCUCCGGCGGUGCGGCGGCAGCAGGAGGCCCCAUUAGCUAAAGUGGUGCUUCAGGUUAAGAACAGGUUAAGAACGGACCUCCGGAACGAAUUAAGUACUUAACCCAAGGUACCACUGUAUAGCCAACUCUCAUCAGUUGGAGACCCCUUCAGCGAAACUCCCUAAGAAAUGUACAUAUGAUGGCUCUUAGAGUUAACAAUGAGGACAAAAUUUGGGAACACCAGUUAGAGUUUGGCUCUGCAGGCCACUGCUUGACGUCUGACCAAGUUUGUUUCCUUUUAACGGUGAUGGUGAUUCUGGGGACUAUAUGCCCAGCUGGAAACUGCUAGGACAUGAUGCCACCUCUAAAAGCAGUUUUGUCAAUUUAAAUAUCUUGAGGUUUUUGCUGGUGCCAAGACUGUCUGAGGGGAAUUCUGAGCUGCUCUUGUGUCUUGGAAAAAGACCACAGCUAUUUCGGCUUGGAAAGUUGCCUUUAUGUUUAAAUAUAUAAAACAGCAUGCUUUGAAGUACCUAGAAACUUUUGCUCUACCUAGAAACUAUUCUUAAUAAGAUAGUGUUCCCAAUGUAACAUUUUUAUAGAACAAUAAUAGCAUUUCUCCCACUGAGUUCACUCUGCGACACUCUGCGUGUAGGGACAAUGCUGAGUUAGAUGGACUAAUUUUCUGACAGUACAAAUUAGCUGCCUGUGUUCUUUCAUGUUGUCACUAUCUUACACUGUUUUACUUUCUACAGAAUAAUCCAGAGCUACAUUUUGAGGGAAGAAGCUGGCACAUUGUCAUCUGAGGCCUCUGAUUUCAAUAAAGUGCAUUUAAGUAGGCGUGGUGGGAUUAUGGCCUCUCUCUACACAUCUCACCCAGCAGACAGUGGGCUCACUUUGGAACUCUCUCUGGAGAUAAACAGGAAGCUCCAAGCAGUCCUGGAGGACACUUUAUUGAAGAAUAUUACCCUGAAGGUAAUUUGAAAUAGAAAAUUAGAAUACAUCAUGGUUUUCAUCGCACCUUGGUUGUUGUUUUUUAAGUGAUGGUAUAUGACUGCAAGCUAUUAUAGAAAAAAGCCUUUUAGACAUGCUCUGAACAAAGUUAAAAUAUCUAGGCAGACUGUCAUGUGUACCCUGAAGUGAAAUAAUUUUGAGUAAAUCUAUCUUACUUUCUUUCUUACUAAUGUGUGCAGGUUUCAAAUUGCAGUGGACUUGAAUUCAUUCAACCUUGAAGACAAGGCACUGUUUUUUUGUUUAAUUGGGUAUCAUAGAGUCUGCUAAUAUCCCCCUCUAUUUUCUUCAAAGGAAAAUCUGCAAACACUAGGAACAGAAAUAGAACGGCUAAUUAAGCAGCAGCAUGAACUGGAACAGAGACUGAAGCAAACAUAG